UAGACAAGCGAGCAGAUCCAGUACAGUUCUCUGUGUAGUGUUUCCUGCACAGCUAAUAACAUUCUGAGUGGAUCUUAAUAGGCGCUUCAGAAGAAACUGCUUCUAUCGCUGUACCUUAUGCUAUAAACCUACAAAGUAAGGUGAAGGACAACAGCCCUAGGAGCACCAUGUCUGUGAAGAAGGGCACCGCCCAGAAGAAAUGGGCAUCCCUGAAGAAAAAGCUUAGCAGACCGGAUUUGGAGGACCAGGCCGAAGCCAACUUGGAGAACUCCGACCCCGAGCUCUGUAUCCGCCUGCUGCAGGUGCCCAGCGUGGUCAACUACUCUGGGCUGAAGAAGAGGUUAGAGGGCAGUGACCACUCCUGGAUGGUCCAGUUCCUGGAGCUGAGCGGCCUGGACUUGUUGCUGGAAGCCCUGGACCGGCUCUCUGGAAGGGGGUGCUCGCGGAUCUCUGACGCUCUGCUCCAGCUCACCUGCAUCAACUGCGUGCGAGCCGUCAUGAACUCCUCUUGCGGCAUCGAGUUCAUCGUGGAGAAUGAGGGCUAUGUCCGCAAACUGUCGAAAGCUUUGGAUACAUCGAACCUGAUGGUGAAGAAGCAGGUGUUUGAGUUGCUGGCUGCCCUCUGCAUGUAUUCCACGGAAGGAUACAGCCUGUCCUUGGAUGCUUUAGAACAUUACAAGAUUGUAAAAAGCCAGCUGUAUCGCUUCAGCAUGAUCAUGAAUGAACUCCAGUCCACUGACAAUGUGCCGUACAUGGUGACUCUGCUGAGCUUCAUCAAUGCACUCAUCCUGGGAGCAGAAGACCUGCGGUUCCGGGAUAAGCUGAGAAAUGAAUUCAUAGGAUUACGGUUACUGGACUUGCUACCAAAUUUAAGGUAA